GGCAAAUAUUAUCCGAACAACACACACCCAUCAUAAGUGGGGGAGAGGUGGAAAAAAAAAAGAAAAGGAGAACCGCAGGAGCUGGGAUCCCUCAAUUCAUUUCCGGGAGUAAAUAUAACUACUAUCCGAGCAAGAUGGACACGCCGUCCUUUCCCACACAGCAACUCUACUACAACGGUGCAGUUCGAAAUGCGACCUCCGGUAAAACCUUCGAGACCGUAAACCCUUCAGAUGCAUCCGUCCUCGCGUCUGUUGAGGUCGCAUCCCAUGCCGAUGUCGAUAACGCCGUUAAAUCCGCCGAGAGCGCGUUUUCCGACUGGUCGAAAACCCCAGUCUCGACCCGCGCCAAAAUCCUUCUGAGGGCCGCGGAGAUUUUGAGAGAGCGAAAUGAUGAGAUCGCCCGGAUCGAAACGCUCGAUACGGGCAAGGCGUUCUCGGAAACGAGUACGGUUGACGUCGUCACGGGUGCCGAUGUGCUGGAGUACUACGCUGGGUUGAUCAGCGGCGGUGGGUUGAACGGAGAGACCACGCAGUUGAGGGAGGACGCCUGGGUGUAUACGAAGAAGGCGCCAUUGGGUGUUUGCGCCGGAAUCGGAGCUUGGAAUUAUCCCAUUCAGAUUGCUCUAUGGAAAUCAGCGCCUUGCUUGGCCGCUGGAAACACGAUGGUCUAUAAACCCAGUGAAUUCACGCCUCUCCACGGACUUGUACUUUCGCAGAUAUACACUGAGGCCGGUCUCCCAGCAGGCGUGUUCAAUGUCGUCCACGGUGCGGGUGAUGUCGGCGCAUACCUCACCGCACACCCCACUAUCGCCAAGGUGUCGUUCACGGGCCAGGUUUCGACGGGGAAGAAGGUCGCCUGCUCAGCGGCCGGAAAUAUGAAGUAUGUUACUAUGGAACUGGGCGGGAAGAGCCCACUCAUUAUUCUCCCCGAUGCAGACCUGGAGAGCGCUGUAGAUGGUGCAAUGCUUGCCAACUUCUUUAGCACCGGACAAGUCUGCACGAACGGAACCAGGGUGUUCGUGCCUUCGAAAAUGAAGGCGGACUUCGAGGCCCUGCUCCUCGGCAAGAUGGGAUACAUCCGCGCUGGACCCCUGAUGGACCCAAACACCAACUUCGGCCCGCUGUCAUCUUCCGUACAUCGCGAAAAGGUCAUGAAUUAUAUUCGCCACGGCAUUGAUAACGACAAAGCAACUCUGCUCUACGGCGGCCCGCACCCGCCCGCAAACCUCGACUCGUCCUUUCGAGACGGAUACUGGGUUUCCCCGACUGUGUUUACCAACUGCACUGACGACAUGAAGAUCGUCCAAGAGGAGAUCUUCGGCCCCGUCAUGUCCAUCCUCACCUAUGAUACUAUCGACGAAGCCGUGCGUCGAGCAAACAAUACGCCGUUGGGCUUAGCAGCAGGCGUGUUUACCCGUGAUAUCAAUCUUGCGCAUAAGAUAAUUGACAGACUAGAUGCCGGAAUUACAUGGAUCAAUUCUUGGGGGGAGUCUCCGGCGGAGAUGCCCGUCGGAGGAUGGAAGAUGAGCGGUGUGGGUGUCGAGAAUGGGCGAAGGGGAAUCGAGGCGUGGGUGAGAAAUAAGAGUACGUUGGUGGACAUGAGCGGGACGGUGGCGACGGUGUUUACAAAGCUAUAG